AUAACUUGAAUAAAACUAAGAUUCCAAAAUAGAAAUUCACCAUUAAUAGAACAAUUAAUCUUUUUCCAUGAUCACACAAUUUUUAUUAUUAUUAUAAUUAUAUCAACAAUUACAUAUAUAAUAUUAUUUAUUAUAAAUAAUAAAUUUAUUAAUAUUAAAAUUUCUGAAAAUCAAAUAAUUGAAUUUAUUUGAACAGCAACUCCACCUAUUAUUUUAAUUUUUAUUGCAAUACCUUCAUUACAUUUACUAUAUUUAAUAGAUGAAAUUAAAUGUCCUAUUUUAACAAUUAAAAUUUUUGGUCAUCAAUGAUUUUGAUCAUAUGAAUAUUCAGAUUUUUCAAAUAUUGAAUUUGAAUCUUAUAUAAUCAAUGAUUUAAGUAAAGAAAAUUUUCGUUUAAUUGAAGUAGAUAAUAAAACUAUUAUUCCAUAUAAAUUUAAUAUCCGACUAUUAAUCUCAUCAGAUGAUGUAAUUCACUCUUGAACUAUCCCAAGAUUAGCAAUUAAAAUUGAUGCAAUCCCUGGACGAAUAAAUCAAAUUAAUCUUUUUAUAAAUCGCCCUGGUAUAUAUUUUGGACAAUGUUCAGAAAUUUGUGGAAUUAACCAUAGAUUUAUACCAAUUCAAAUUGAAUCAAUUAAUUUAAAUAAAUUUAUUUAUUGAAUUAAAAAUUUUUAA